UUUGAGGGUAUCGACUUCUACACCUCGAUCACAAGGGCCCGUUUUGAGGAGCUCAACUCAGAUCUCUUCAGAGGAACACUGGAGCCAGUUGAGAAGGCCCUGCAAGAUGCCAAGCUGGAUAAGUCUAAGAUCCAUGAAAUUGUCCUGGUUGGUGGUUCCACAAGAAUACCCAAAAUCCAGAAGCUCUUACAGGACUUCUUUAAUGGUAAAGAACUGAACAAAAGCAUCAACCCUGAUGAAGCAGUGGCCUAUGGUGCUGCGGUCCAGGCUGCUAUCCUCAUGGGCGACACUUCGGAGAACGUCCAGGAUUUGCUGCUGCUGGAUGUGGCACCCCUCUCUUUAGGUAUCGAAACCGCAGGUGGAGUUAUGACGCCUCUUAUCAAACGGAACACCACAAUCCCCUCGAAGCAGACUCAGAUCUUCUCCACGUACUCUGAUAACCAGCCAGGAGUACUGAUUCAGGUGUACGAAGGUGAAAGAGCUAUGACCAAAGACAACAAUCUGCUUGGGAGGUUUGAGCUCACAGGUAUCCCACCAGCUCCUAGAGGUGUGCCACAAAUCGAGGUAACCUUUGACAUUGAUGCCAACGGUAUUCUAAAUGUGUCGGCCGUGGACAAAAGCACUGGCAAAAUAAACAAAAUCACAAUCACCAACGACAAGGGCCGCCUCAGCAAAGACGAGAUCGAGAAGAUGGUGCAAGACGCAGACAAGUACAAAGCAGAGGACGACAAGCAGAGGGAGAAGAUCGCAGCCAAGAACUCUCUGGAGUCCUACGCCUUCCACAUGAAGAGCAGUGUUGAGGACGAGGCUCUGAAAGGGAAAAUUAGUGACGAGGAUAAAAAGAUGGUUGUUGACAAAUGCAACCAGACGAUUUCUUGGCUGGAGAACAACCAACUCGCUGAGAAGGAUGAGUACGAGCAUCAGCAAAAGGAACUGGAGAGGGUGUGCAAGCCGGUCGUGACGAAGCUGUACCAAGGAGCAGCAUCAGGAAGCUGCGGCAGCCAAGCUAGAGGCAGCGCUCAAGGUCCCACUAUUGAAGAAGUGGACUAGAAUUAUUGUAUUGAUUUUUCCGUAUGUUUUACCGUAAAAUCAACAUAAUCUCAUGUUUUCAGAAAUUCAAUAAUAAACUCRAUAAAAAAAAUUAA